CGGAAAAUUGAAACGAAAACAGGAACUGUUAGAGGUAGAUACAAAAAACAACAACCGUCCCACAUUAUUUAAAAUUUUCUGUUCCUAGUAGCUUUCCCUAAAAAAAAAAAAAACUUAACAAACUUUUAUAACGAACUUGGAUGUCCAUUAUAUAACUUAAGAUUUAGUGGCAUGAGUAAUGAAAGAAUGAUUUUCAUUUAAGUUUGAUGAAGUAGCAGUGAUCAGACCACAAGGAGCCAAAAGUACAUCAAGAACAGAUAACUGCAACUUCCGCUUACAGCGACGUUUUUUUUUAUUUGUCCCUGAAGAGGGCUCCAGAACAUCUGUGAAUCUUUUCAUGCCAGUUUCAAGUCGCAGAUAACUUUUAAAGGACCACAACUCUCGACAAGAUCACACUGUGAAUUCACAUUUCUACAAGUAAGAUGCUGUAUCGGCGAUUGUCUCCCUUGGCCGUUCUUGUCUCGUCAUUUUUUCUCUCUUGUGUUAUCGCAGAUUCGCUAGACGCUGCGGCGGCUCAGACUGAUCAAGGCGCUAGCACAUAUCAGGCCCGCCAGCAACAGCGCGAGCCAACACAGCAGCAACUUAAUCCCAGCUCACCGGCAGCCAGCGACUCGCGUUACUUCCACAGUUUGCUCAACGAUGGCGUGCUAGCUGACAACUUCGUAGUGGACACUAGGGCGAUCCCAAGGUUCGUAGGGAAGAAAGACAUUAGCAGCUUCAGUGACGAGAUGGACCGAAUGUCCAGAGCCAUCCCCAGGUUUGUUGGGAAAAAGCGCGCCAAUGAAGAGGUCAGCAGCGGCAUUCAAACGGACGCCCACCGGGUAGAGAAGCGAUCUGCGGCUAGAAGAAUUUAUGUAGCCAGAGGGGCGCCAUACUUUAUAGGAAAGCGAUAUACUAAUUACAGAACUUCCAAAAAUGUCCCUUCGUCUCCUUAUCUUUCUGCUCAAGAGUUCAAGGCCACAUUCCGUAGGACUGACCCCUACUUCAUGGGCAAACGUGCCUCGGACUUUGAUGACGCCGAGGAGGAGUUCCCCAAUUUUGAUGAGAGGGGGGCGCCACGAUUUGUUGGUAAACGUGGAGCGCCUCGUUUCGUUGGCAAAAGGGACAUUCCAAGAUUUGUAGGCAAGAGAGCCCCCCCUAGGUUCGUCGGCAAAAGAGACCCUCCCAGGUUCGUCGGCAAAAGAGAUCCCCCCAGGUUUGUCGGCAAAAGAGAUCCCCCCAGGUUUGUGGGCAAACGUGAAGAGGAUGAUUUGAUUGAGCUGUACGAGCCUAGAGAAAGCUACGAAUUCGGCAGCGACGCUGGGGAGCAAGAGGGCGUCUACCCAGCCCUUCCCAUCCUGCUCGACUUAAUUAAGCAGCGCGAGGCGGAAGACGAGGCAGCGGCGAGGCGUCAAGAAGCCAUCGAGUUGAUUCAAGCCCGUCUACAAAACGCGGACGAAUUGCUGCAAGCUGAAAGGGCGUCCCGAGAAUCUCACACAGAGGAUAGCUCCGCUGAUGAAACCGGAGUCAGAAGGUAGCGCGCACACCAAAAAAAAAACUGAGAACAUUUUGUGUUCAAAGCUACUCAGUACAGAACAUGAAAUAACAAUACAACAUUUCGUCAGCAAUUUUUAUUUAAUCGAGCUAAAAAAAAAAGCAACAAAUUCCCCCAGAAAUACGAGGAAGAUGCUAAGCGUAUUCCAUGUGACCUAAUUCUGAACGAACCAUUGGUCAAAGCGUUCUCGUCUUGUAAGAAAACAAAUAAAUUCUGUUAAUUUU